AUGGAGGAGAAAACGGCGACCAGUGGACAUGUCGAGGCAGUGUCUCGCAAUGUGAGAGCUGCCUCCGCGGACGCCCCCGUGUGGGAGCAGCAGCGAGCCACGUAUGGCAAGCCAGGUUUUGCGGGCAUUUUCUCCAACCCCUAUGUCACCGCCUGCGCGGCCUUUGCCACCAUGGGCGGUGCCCUGUUCGGCUACGACCAAGGCGUCAUUUCAGUGACGCUCGUCAUGGAGCACUUCAUGGAGCGGUUCCCUGAGGUUGCGGAGGGGGCUGCUGGCGCCGGAUUCAAGAAAGGCCUGCUCACCGCGAUGAUCGAGCUGGGUGCUUUCCUAGGCGCCAUGAAUCAGGGAUGGAUUGCGGACAAAUUCUCUCGUAAAUGGUCCAUCUUGGUCGCUGUGUGUAUCUUCCUUAUCGGCUCGGCAUUGCAGACGGGCUCAGUGAACUAUGCAAUGCUCGUCGUUGCCCGGUUCGUCGGUGGCAUUGGUGUUGGUAUGCUGGCUAUGGUGGCGCCUCUUUACAUCUCAGAGCUAGCUCCGCCUGAGAUUCGAGGCACUUUGCUCGUGCUGCAGGAAUUGUCUAUCGUGACAGCUGUUGUCGUCGCCUUUUACAUCACGUACGGCACAAGAUAUAUCGAUUCGGACUGGUCCUGGCGUCUUCCGUUCUUGCUUCAGAUGGUGCCUGCCAUCUUCCUGGGAGUAGGAAUUCCAUGGCUCCCCUACUCUCCGCGUUGGCUCGCCAGCAAGGGCCGUGACGACGAAGCUCUCCAGGUUCUGAGCAAAGUCCGCAAGCUGCCCGAGUCUGACGAACGCGUGAUUCAAGAGUGGAUCGAGAUCCGCUCCGAAGUGGCCUUCCGCAACGAGCUAAACAAAGAGCGCCAUCCCACUCUUUUUCAAGACUCGAGCCUGUCGAGUCGCAUCAAACGGCAUCUGGUGGGAUACACGGACUGUUUCCGGCCGGGGUGCUGGAAACGUACCCAUAUUGGCAUUGGGUUGAUGUUCUUCCAGCAAUUUGGCGGGAUCAACGCGCUGAUCUACUACUCGCCCACUCUUUUCGGCACCAUGGGUCUCGACUACGAUAUGCAGCUGACCAUGUCUGGCGUGCUCAACAUCUGCCAGGUCAUCGCGUGUUUCUGGUCCUUAUGGGGCAUGGACCGCUUUGGCCGGCGACCGCUGCUUCUCGGCGGUGCAGUCUGCAUGGUGAUCUCGCAUCUGAUCAUCUCCGUGCUGGUGGGCAAGUUCAGCGACGCCUGGCCAACCCACACGGCCGAGGCAUGGACCUCAGUCGCCUUUUUGCUGUUUUUCAUGCUGACCUAUGGCGCCACCUGGGGGUCCGAUCCCCUGGGCGAUGCCCGCGGAGAUCUUCCCUGCUUCGCUGCGUGCCAAAGGCAUGGCCUUUGCAACCAUGUCCAAUUGGUUCAACAACUUCAUCAUCGGGCUGAUCACUCCGCCCUUGGUGCAGAAUACCGGGUUUGGCGCCUAUGUCUUCUUUGCCGUGUUUUGCCUGCUGGCGCUUGUCUGGGUCUGACUAUUGCGAAAGGAUUGAAUAUCACAUGA